AUGGAGCUCUCCUUCCGGUCCAUGGGAACUAACAACUUCCGGCGCUUCACUCCGGAGUCGCUGGCAGAGAUUGAGAAGCGAAUUGCUGCCCACCGUGCAGAAAAGAAGGUCAGAACCAAGCAAGGAAAGUCGAAGGGCAAGGACGAGAAGCCCAGGCCUCAGCUGAACCUGAAAGCCUGCAACCAGCUGCCCAGGUUCUACGGGGAACUCCCAGCGGAACUGGUUGGGGAGCCGCUGGAGGACCUGGACCCUUUCUACAGCACUCACCGGACAUUCAUGGUGCUGAACAAAGGCAGGACCAUCUCCAGGUUCAGUGCCACAUGGGCCCUAUGGCUCUUCAGUCCCUUCAACCUGGUCAGAAGAACGGCCAUCAAGGUCUCCGUCCACUCCUGGUUCUCCAUAUUUAUCACCGUCACCAUUUUGGUCAACUGUGUGUGCAUGACCCGAAACGAUCUUCCGGAGAAAAUCGAGUAUGCCUUCACCGUCAUUUACACCUUCGAAGCGCUGAUAAAGAUUCUGGCGAGAGGAUUUUGUCUAAACGAGUUCACGUAUCUCCGUGACCCCUGGAACUGGCUGGACUUCAGCGUCAUCACUCUGGCGUACGUUGGUGCAGCGGUAGAUCUCCGAGGGAUCUCAGGCCUGCGCACGUUCCGAGUUCUCAGGGCCCUCAAGACUGUGUCUGUGAUCCCAGGGCUGAAGGUCAUCGUAGGAGCCCUGAUCCACUCCGUGAGGAAGCUGGCCGACGUGACAAUCCUCACUGUCUUCUGCCUCAGUGUCUUCGCCCUGGUGGGCCUGCAACUCUUCAAGGGGAACCUUAAGAACAAAUGCAUCAGCAACAGCACAGAGCCCCACAGGGCCGGUAACUUCUCACCUGAAGCAGCAGAAAAUGUCCUCAUCAAGCCUGGAACUACCGAGCCCUUGCUGUGUGGCAACGGCUCUGACGCUGGUCACUGCCCUGAUGGUUACAUCUGCAGAAAAACGUCUGACAACCCGGACUUUAACUACACCAGCUUUGAUUCCUUUGCGUGGGCGUUCCUCUCCCUGUUCCGCCUCAUGACGCAGGACUCCUGGGAGCGCCUCUACCAGCAGACCCUCCGGGCUUCUGGGAAAAUGUACAUGGUCUUCUUUGUGCUUGUCAUCUUCCUCGGGUCGUUCUACCUGGUCAAUUUGAUCUUGGCUGUGGUCACCAUGGCGUACGAGGAGCAGAACCAGGCAACGAUUGCAGAAAUCGAAGCCAAGGAAAAAACCUUUCAGGAAGCCGUUGAGGUGCUACAGAAAGAGCAGGAGGUACUGGCAGCCCUGGGGAUUGAUGCAGCCUCACUCCACUCCCACAACGGAUCGCCUUUAUCCCCCCAAAGUGCCAAUGAGAGAAAACACAGGAUGAAAUCGAGGGUGUCAGAGGGCUCCACGGAUGACAACAGGUCCCCCCAGGCGGACCCUUACAACCAGCGCCGGAUGUCUUUCCUAGGCCUCUCUUCCGGAAGACGCAGGGCUAGCCACAGCAGUGUGUUCCACUUCCGAACACCCAGCCAAGAUGUCUCGUUUCCUGACGGAGCCCCAGAUGAUGGAGUAUUUCACGGAGACCACGAAAGCCGUCGAGGUUCCCUGUUGCUGGGCAGGGGUGCUGGACAGGCAGGUCCUCUCUCCAGGAGCUCACUGCCUCAGUCUCCCAACCCUGGCCCUGGAUAUGGAGAGGAGGGACAGCUCACAGGACCCUCUGGUGAGCUUGGUGCUGGACCUCUUGACAGCCUGGCUCCUGAUGCCGCAGGGCAGAAGAACUUCCUGUCUGCGGAGUACUUGAAUGAACCUUUCCGAGCACAGAGGGCAAUGAGCGUGGUCAGCAUCAUGACUUCCGUCAUUGAGGAACUUGAGGAGUCUAGGCUGAGGUGCCCGCCCUGCCUGAUCAGCUUAGCUCAGAAGUACUUGAUCUGGGAGUGCUGCCCGAAGUGGAUAAAGUUCAAGAUGGUCCUCUUCGAGCUGGUGACGGACCCGUUUGCGGAGCUGACCAUCACCCUGUGCAUCGUGGUGAACACCCUCUUCAUGGCCAUGGAGCACCACCCCAUGACCGACGCCUUCGACGCCAUGCUCCAAGCUGGCAACAUUGUCUUCACCGUGUUUUUUACGAUGGAGAUGGCCUUCAAGAUCAUUGCCUUUGACCCCUACUACUACUUCCAGAAGAAGUGGAAUAUAUUCGACUGUGUCAUUGUCACCGUGAGCCUGCUGGAGCUGAGCAUAUCCAGGAAGGGCAGCCUGUCUGUGCUUCGGACCUUUCGCUUGCUUCGCGUCUUCAAGCUGGCCAAGUCCUGGCCCACCCUGAACACACUCAUCAAGAUCAUCGGCAAUUCGGUGGGAGCCCUGGGCAACCUGACCUUCAUCCUGGCCAUCAUCGUCUUCAUCUUUGCCCUGGUCGGCAGGCAGCUUCUCGGGGACGGCUACGGGUGCAUGCGGGAUGGCACCGCUGUGCGGGAUGGCGAGCUGCUGCGCUGGCACAUGUGCGACUUCUAUCACUCCUUCCUCAUCGUCUUCCGCAUCCUCUGUGGAGAGUGGAUUGAGAACAUGUGGGUCUGCAUGGAAGUCAGCGAGAAAUCCAUCUGCCUCAUCCUUUUCUUGACCGUGAUGGUGCUGGGUAACCUGGUGGUGCUCAACCUUUUCAUUGCCUUACUGCUGAACUCCUUCAGCGCUGACAAUCUCACAGCCCCAGAGGAUGAUGGAGAGGUGAACAACUUGCAGGUGGCACUGGCCAGGAUACAGGUAUUUGGCUGUCAGGCCAGUCAGGCCAUCACCGGUUAUUUCAGCAGCUGCUGCCGGCUCCGCUGGCCUAAGGUGGAGCCCCAGCUGGGCAUGAAACCCCCACUCGCCAGCACCAAAGCUGAGAACCAAGCUGCUACUGAUGCCCACAAUGCUGCAGUGGGGAACCCAGAAAAGCCAGCCCUUGGUGGUCCCAAGGAGGACCACGGGGACUUCAUCACCAAUCCUAACGUGUGGGUGUCUGUGCCCAUUGCUGAGGGAGAAUCUGACCUCGAGGAGGACAUUGAGCAGGAUUCUCAGGGCUCCUGGCAGGAAGAGAGCCCCAAUGAGCAGCAGGAUCAGCUGCCACAAGUCCAAGCAUGUGAAGACCACCAGGCUCCUGGGAGCUCAGGCUCCGUGAUGUCCUCUGAGGACCUGGCUGCAUACCUGGGUGAGAGACUGAAGAGUGAGGCCACCACUCAGGGCCCUGCCGAGGGAGUGGAUGACACCAGCUCCUCCGAAGGCAGCACGGUGGACUGCCCCGACCCGGAGGAGAUCCUGAGGAAGAUCCCUGAGCUGGCAGACGACCUGGAAGAGCCAGAGGACUGUUUCACAGAAGGCUGCACUCACCACUGUCCCUGCUGCAAAGUGAAUACCAGUAAGUUUCCUUGGGCCACAGGCUGGCAGCUGCGCAAAACCUGCUACCGCAUCGUGGAGCACAGCUGGUUCGAGAGUUUCAUCAUCUUCAUGAUCCUGCUGAGCAGCGGAGCGCUGGCCUUCGAGGAUAACUACCUGGAAGAAAAGCCCCGAGUGAAGUCUGUGCUGGAAUACACUGACAGAGUGUUCACCUUCAUCUUCGUGUUCGAGAUGUUACUUAAGUGGGUAGCUUACGGCUUCAAAAAAUAUUUCACCAAUGCCUGGUGCUGGCUGGACUUCCUCAUUGUGAAUAUCUCUCUGACAAGCCUCAUAGCAAAGAUCCUUAACUAUUCCGACGUGGCAUCCAUCAAGGCCCUUCGGACCCUGCGCGCCCUCCGACCACUGCGGGCUCUGUCUCGAUUUGAAGGCAUGAGGGUAGUGGUGGACGCGCUGGUGGGCGCCAUCCCGUCCAUCAUGAACGUCCUCCUCGUCUGCCUCAUCUUCUGGCUCAUCUUCAGCAUCAUGGGCGUGAACCUCUUUGCAGGGAAAUUUUCAAGGUGUAUCGACACCAGCAGCAAUCCAUUUUCUGUUGUGAAUUCGACAAUCGUGAACAACAGGUCCGAGUGUCACAACCAAAACCACACUGGCCGCUUCUUCUGGGUUAACGUGAAAGUUGGCUUUGACAACGUUGCCAUGGGCUACCUGGCGCUUCUGCAGGUGGCAACCUUCAAAGGCUGGAUGGACAUUAUGUAUGCAGCUGUCGAUUCUGGGGAGGUUAACAGCCAGCCAGUGUGGGAGCAGAACCUGUACAUGUACCUCUACUUCGUCAUCUUCAUCAUCUUUGGUGGCUUCUUCACGCUGAAUCUCUUUGUUGGGGUCAUAAUUGACAACUUCAAUCAACAGAAAAAAAAGAUAAGGGGCCAGGACAUCUUCAUGACAGAGGAGCAGAAGAAGUACUACAACGCCAUGAAGAAGCUGGGCUCCAAGAAACCGCAGAAGCCCAUCCCACGGCCCCUGAAUAAGUACCAGGGCUUUGUGUUCGACAUCGUGACCAGGCAAGCAUUUGACAUCGUCAUCAUGGUCCUCAUUUGCCUCAACAUGGUCACCAUGAUGGUGGAGACCGAUGAUCAGAGCGAGGAGAAGACGAAGAUCCUGAGCAGGAUCAACCAGUUCUUCGUGGCUGUCUUCACGGGCGAGUGUGUCAUGAAGAUGUUUGCCCUGCGCCAGUACUACUUCACCAACGGCUGGAACGUAUUCGACUUCAUAGUGGUGAUCCUUUCCAUCGGGAGUCUGGUGUUUUCUGCUAUCCUUAAGUCACUUGAAAAUUACUUCUCCCCAACGCUCUUCCGGGUCAUCCGUCUGGCCAGGAUCGGCCGCAUCCUCAGGCUGAUCCGAGCAGCCAAGGGGAUUCGCACACUGCUAUUCGCACUCAUGAUGUCCCUGCCUGCCCUCUUCAACAUUGGCCUCCUGCUCUUCCUCGUCAUGUUCAUCUACUCCAUUUUCGGCAUGUCCAGCUUUGCUAACGUUGUAGAUGAGGCUGGCAUCGAUGACAUGUUCAACUUCAAGACCUUCGGCAACAGCAUGCUCUGCCUUUUCCAGAUCACCACAUCAGCCGGCUGGGACGGCCUCCUCAGCCCCAUCCUCAACACGGGUCCCCCCUACUGCGACCCCAACCUUCUCAACAGCAAUGGCUCCCGGGGGAACUGCGGGAGCCCAGCGGUGGGCAUCCUCUUUUUCACCACCUACAUCAUCAUCUCCUUCCUCAUCGUGGUCAACAUGUACAUCGCGGUGAUUCUGGAGAACUUCAAUGUGGCCACCGAAGAGAGCACAGAACCCCUGAGCGAGGAUGACUUUGACAUGUUCUAUGAGACUUGGGAGAAGUUCGACCCGGAGGCCACCCAGUUUAUUGCCUUUUCUGUCCUCUCAGACUUCGCAGACACGCUCUCUGGCCCUCUCAGGAUCCCCAAACCCAACCAGAAUAUAUUAAUCCAGAUGGACCUGCCGCUGGUCCCUGGAGAUAAGAUCCACUGUUUGGACAUCCUUUUUGCCUUCACAAAGAAUGUCUUGGGAGAAUCUGGGGAGUUGGAUUCUCUGAAGAUUAAUAUGGAAGAAAAGUUUAUGGCGACUAACGUUUCCAAAGAGUCCUACGAACCGAUAGCAACCACCCUCCGGUGGAAGCAGGAAGACAUCUCGGCCACAGUCAUCCAAAAGGCCUAUCGGAACUAUGUGUUGCAACGCUCCUUGACGCUCUCCACCCGCCUGGAUGUGCCCAGGGCUGAGGAGGAUGACGCGCCGGCCCCUGGGGAAGGCUAUGUUACCUUCAUGGCAAAUGACAGCGGCAGACUCCCAGACAAAUCAGAAACUGCUUCUGCCAUAUCAUUCCCACCAUCCUAUGACAGCGUCACCAGGGGCCUGAGUGACAGGGUCAACGGUAGCACAUCUAGUUCACUGCAAAAUGAAGAGGUCGUCACCAGUAAGGACGGGAACGGCCCUGGGCCUCGGUGAAGGCACUCCACCGCUCAGAGCGGGAUCCAGUGUCUCCCUCUGCUGUGAUGACUCCUUCCCUCUGGAGGUGUCUCUCAGCUACACCUCACCAAUGCAUGCCCCUGGUCACACUGUGGUCACGGUGUCAGGGCUGAGUGGGGACAUCCUUGAGAAAGCCUCCCCCAAUAAGAAUCAAGGGCCAAGGUCACACCUCCACUUUGAUGUCUCUUCCCAGAAAAUGCCAUUGCUCUGUUUGUCUUGUUUGUGACUAGAGAUGUGAUUUGCCGUGGCCAACUUCUCAGAAGCAGAACUUGCAGAGACGCACGGCAAGGACUCUUCCGAUGUCUCAGGUAGUCUUCCAGAAGCCACACGGGGGCGGCACCACUACCUACGGUUUGCAUGACUGCAUGUUCACAGAUGC